AUGAACAGGUACUCAAUAUUGGGUCAGUUAGGGGACGGUUCAUUUGGUGUCGUAAGUAAAGCCCAACAUACUAGCAGUGGAGAGAUAGUGGCUGUAAAGAAAAUGAAGCAACGAUUUUCUAGCUGGGAAGAAUGUUUGCAACUUCGUGAGAUUCAGUCACUCAGGAAGUUGCAGCACCCAAAUAUUGUGAAAUUAAAGGAAGUAGUACGUGAAAACACGGAACUUUUUUUAAUAUUUGAGUACAUGGAGAUGAAUUUAUUCAAUAUUCAACGAAAGCGGGCAGAACAGAUGAGUGGAGUACAGAGUUUUUUCAACGACCGCGAGAUCCGUAGCAUUAUGUGCCAGACUUUACUGGCUGUUCAGGCAAUUCACAAAGGUGGUUUUAUGCAUCGAGAUUUAAAACCAGAAAAUCUUCUGACAAAAGGAGACAUUGUUAAAGUUGCUGAUUUUGGGCUUGCAAAAGAAAUUCGCUCACGACCUCCUUUUACUGAUUAUGUUUCUACACGCUGGUACAGAGCACCAGAAAUCAUCUUGCGUUCUACACACUAUAACUCCCCUGUAGACAUAUGGGCUUGUGGCGUUAUAUUUGCGGAACUCUACCUUAAUCGACCUCUUUUUCCAGGAUCAUCAGACAGUGAUCAAUUGUUUAAAAUUUGUUCUGUUCUUGGUGCGCCAAGUCCCUCAGCGUGGGAUGAGGGAUAUCAACUCUCGCGGCGCCUAAAUAUGCGGUUUCCCAAUGUGGCUCCUACACCAUUGCGGCAGUUGUUAACCAAUGCUCCACCGGCUGCCAUUGAUUUAAUAGAACAAAUGCUACGGUUUAAUCCAAGUGACCGUCCAACAGCAACACAGUGUUUACAGCAUCCAUACUUCACUGGAACCACUAAUGUAGCAGAAGCAGGGGGAACCCCAACAGCUCUUUACGCAGGUAUUAGCACUGGACAACCGCACAAUCCAUUUCAGUUUGCUACAAUGCAUUCUUCAACACCCAAUGGACCAGGUCAAAGUGGAGUGGGUCUUAGAGUAAAUGGAGGAAGUCCUCCUCCUAUUUCCUGUGGGGCGUCUCGGCUCCUUUCUCCCAAUGUCAGCAUACCUACAUUAAACCCGUAUGCUAACGUUGUGCGGUCAAUACCCCAAAGUGUUCCAAAGGCAACCGCUAACGAAGAUGAGUUUAAUUUCUAG